AUGUCCGUCCCAGAGUACAACCCCGACCGUUACCUUGAGAACUCUGUGCAGGAUCUCCUGUCACUCCAGGGUCGCACAGUAGUCAUUACUGGAGCCGCCCGUGGUCUGGGCCUAGCUUUUACUCUUGCGGUCGUCGAAGUCGGCGGUAACGUCGCCGUCCUCGACGCCGCGGAGAAGCCCCAUGAGCACUUUUAUAAGAUCCAAAAGCAGUUCCCUAACUCCAAGCUGGAGUUUUACCGCACCGACGUGACCAAGUACGAUGUGCUCAAGGCAAGCUUUGAUCAGGUUGUGGGAGACUUUGGACGUAUCGAUGGCCUUAUCACUGCGGCAGGAAUUUGUCCCGAUGAACCUUUCCUUGAGCGCUCCCCCGAGUCCGUUGCCCGCUGUAUGAACAUCAACGUCCUGGGGACAUACUAUGCGGCGCAAUUGGCUGCGGCCCAGAUGGAUAAGCAGGAGCCUACUGAAUUCAAUCCCCGCGGAGGCUCUAUCGUGCUGAUUGGCUCUAUUGCUGCCCACGUCGCUAGCAAGGGACAGACCACCAGCGACUAUUGUGCCAGCAAAGGAGCAGUCGUUGCUCUGGCGAAGGCUCUUGGUGUGGAGCUCGCUGGUAAGGGGAUCCGUGUGAACAGCAUUUCUCCUGGAUACAUGGCUACUGACAUGACGCUGGAUUUGUGCAAGAAAUACCCCUGGCUGGGCGAUAUUAUGCAAAACGAGCCGCCUAUGCGGAGGAUGGGAGACCGAACUGAUCUCAAGGUUCCGGUGGUCUAUCUGCUCUCGAAUGCCAGCGCCUAUCACACAUCAGAUGAUAUUUUGAUUACUGGCGGUAUUCACGCGGGUAGACUUUUGUAA